CGAGACCAAUCAGUUAUGCGGUUGAUUGUUGUCUCAAACAGCUGACAGAAUAAUUAUGUCAUUGAAGAGGUUGACCAGAGUCAAAUGUGUACCCCAAAAAGACAUAGAAGCUCUUCAACAACAUGGUGUUUACACUAGCAAGGAUUUCUUGAGCAAGUCUCCUCUUGAGUUGAUGACCGUGCUUGGCUACUCUUACUCUCAACUACAAGCGCUGAUUAUAACGAUAUCUAAGGCUUCAGCUCCUCACGGACAAAAUGCACUCUCGCUGUAUGAAGGGGGUAAAAAGUGUGUACCCACGUCCCUGCACAGAUUAGACUCCCUGCUCAGAGGAGGUCUCCCCUCUGGGAUGAUCACUGAGAUCAGUGGACCCCCCGGCUGUGGCAAGACCCAAUUCUGUGUGACUGUUGCUGUGGUGACUGCCUUGUCCGCUGGACAGAAUGUGGCAUACAUUGACACUGAAGGAGCAUUCAGUGCUGAGAGGUUGGUAGAGAUAGCCAAGUAUCGACACCCCAACUCUUCCUCGUCCGAGCACUUGCUUGCCUUGGCCUCAAGAGUGCACGUCUUUACUGAGAUGACCUGCGACAUUCUUUUAGAGAGACUGGCACAACUGGAGGAGAUAAUAGUCGACAAGAAGAUCAGGCUAGUGAUAGUGGACUCGAUUGCGUCACUGGUGAGGAAGGAAUUUAAUACCUCUUCAAAGAAAGGAGUGGCCGACAGAGCUGCUCUUCUGAACACACAAGCAGCAAGACUAAAGUACGUCGCAGAGUCGUUUAAGAUCCCAAUCCUCGUGACCAAUCAAAUUACUACAAAGGUGUCACAUGAUCAAGAGGAGGACAGUAUCGUGACUGUGGCAUUGGGAAACUCGUGGUCACAUGCUGUGAACACAAGACUACUCAUGCAGUACAGGGAGGGAAACAUGAGAACGGUGACUGUCUCCAAAAGCCCCCUUUGUGAUAUGAUAAGCUUCGUUGUAUCGAUUGAGAAUGAAGGCCUAAUACUGGAUAAUGACAAAACAGACAAGUUAGUCACCGAUGAAGAGAAAAAAGACCCACAACGGAUAUCACUUGCAGUCCACUCGACAAUGAACCCACACACACUGUCCAGUCGUGUAUAAAACACAUUGAAUUUCAUGCCUGCUCUUCUCACCACACACACUGUCCAGUUGUGUAUGAAUUUCAUGCCUUGCCUGCUCUGCUCAAUUUGCCCACUAUUUGCUGUUUAAUUAUGAAGUUCAUAGGCUGUAGACUGGGCACAUUAAGCU